UCCUAAUUAAAGUCCUUGUUACGUAAUCCUUCAUUGGCGUGACCGAACUGCUGGCAUACUUUUGAGCGCCGUGGCGGUAACCGCAGAAUGCGCUGUGGUCGAAGGAGCACAAGUUGCCGACGUCGCCAUAUCGAUUAAGCCAUCAAAACUUCGACCGCUUAUUAAUGCGCGUACAUCAGCGCUAAAGUGCGGUCAUAAUUCAAAUGAGGCGCCCCCAGUUCUUGGCUUUUGGAGGGCGGCAAAUCGAGUCUCGGAUCAAUUGUUUGGCCAGCAGCGAUGAGGGAAGUGAAUCUGCUCAACCGCUUCACUCGGUAUUUCCUGUUUCUCAUCGUGCUGGUGACCCAGAUCUGUGGGGUCACCACUUUCGUCUACAGCUCGAGGCAGAAAUGCUUUCGACAAUCCGGAUUCCUGCGGUUGUACUCCAGCUUAAUUCUGUCUUUAGUGGGAUUAUUCCUCGUCAUUAACAUAAGUAAAAUGCUUCAUAGUCUCCAAAGUGCUUGGCCAUAUUUAGCGGGCAGUAUUGUCAUUCUGGUGGUUCGAGUGAAAGGAUUUAUGGAUAGCCAGGAGAUCGUAGAGCUAUUGAAUCAAAUGCUUGAAGUGCUGAGGCAGGUGAAAGUGAUGGCCAGGCAUUCGAAUAUCUUUCGCCUGGGUCACCUUAUACUUCUUCUCUUGACUUUACAAAAUCUUCUAAGAUCCUUAAACAUAGUGGUGGGUAUAAGUAGCCGUUCCGGAGAAGCUUACGACACACUGGCCAAUAGUAUUGUACUACUGAUUCUUCUGGGAGUUCUGCUGAGCUUUCUUCUCCAGAUUACCAUCAACAUUUGUCUUUUCGUGGUACUCAUUGCCUGCUAUAAUGAACUGCAUCGAUGCACUCAACGAGUCUCCAAAGAUAUGGAUAAACUAAGACAAUCCCAGGUCCUUGAGAGUGGGCAAUUUCUGGUUUUGGUAAAACAAUUACAAGGAAUCACUGAGAGGUUGAUUCGUCUACGUUCAAGUGUUUUUCAUCUGAAACUUCAAAUCAUUCAGCACUUUCGGUUCCAUUGGCUAAGUGCUCUUAUCUACGGACUGAUACCUUUUUUAUGUUUUACGGCCAUUGAUCGAAAUAGUUUUUAUUACCUGACUAUUUCUGCAUUGAACUUAAUAUUUCAGUGUACCAUUUUUGAGUUACUGUCAUGUGAAUCAAGGAUUACUAGAAGCUUUAGCAGCUUUCACUUGAUCAACUGUCACAAGGAAAUUGAAAGAACUAUUGAUGUCCUGCUCCACCAGGAAAUCAAGGAACGCAUCAGGGUCACCAUAUAUGGCAUUACGCUGGACACGAGACUCCUCUUGAAACUGCUGUCCAUUAGUGCUUUCUGUGCUCUUGUUAACCGGCAGGGAUACCUGCACCUCCACCGUCCUUAA